AUGUGCGGCAUCCACGCUGCCAUAUCAGCAGAUGCAGGCUAUCACAAACUAUCUCCAGGACUCGAGCAAAGGCUUCGCAACCGUGGCCCUGACCAUCUCGGGGCUGUGAAGACGCAGCUCCGUCAAGAUGAUGCGAAUUCCCUCUAUCUGACUCUGACCUCUACGGUUCUGUCCCUGCGCGGAGACCACGUUGCGAGGCAGCCGCUGGUGGACGAGGACUCUGGAUCUGUCCUUUGCUGGAACGGUGAAGCCUGGAAGCUUGGUAGCAAGCCUGUCGAGGGCAACGACGGCGAGGCCAUCUUAUCCAUGUUGAUCGCCGCGAGCAGCAACAGCUUAGGCGGUAGAGACAGUGUUCUUGACGCACUGCGAUCCAUUGAGGGCCCAUUUGCAUUCAUUUUCCUGGACAAGAAAGCGAAACGGCUGUACUAUGGACGCGAUCGCCUUGGACGUCGGUCCCUGCUGCUGAAGAGAGGAGAAGAGUUUCUUCUCUCCAGCAUCGCAGAGGCACCCGCUGUGGGAUGGGCCGAGGUCGAGGCCGAUGGUUGCUAUACUAUUCAGCUGAGUGAAGCCAACUCGCCGAAAGACUUGAUGCCCGUGAGACAUGACUGGGAUCAGACCGAAGCUUUGGUGUCAAGUAUUGGCGUGUUUAAUGCUUCUAUCCCUACGUCUGCGACCACUGCGUUGAGUAGUCAGUCUCUCUCUGUAGAGCAGUUGCGAGACCAUUUGACGGAGUCGCUCAAACUACGAGUUCUGCAUGUCCCAGUGCCUCCAAAGGCAGGACCUUUGGACGCACGGGCUGCAGUACUGUUUUCAGGAGGUCUAGAUUGCACGGUUCUCGCUCGAAUCGCCAGCGACGUAAUACCCCCCGGGCAAGCCAUUGACUUGAUUAAUGUUGCGUUUGAGAACCCUAGAAUUGCGGCACAAAACAGAAAUCUAUCAGCUGCCGAGCUUUAUGAGCUAUGCCCUGAUAGAAUGACUGGAAGAAAGUCGUUUGCGGAGCUGUUGGCGGUCUGUCCAGACAGGCCGUGGCGAUUUGUGACUGUGAACGUUCCUUAUGAGGAGACGUCUGCUCAUCGAGCAGAGUUGAUAGACCUGAUAUACCCCCACAAUACCGAAAUGGAUCUCUCCAUUGCCUGUGCUUUAUACUUUGCCGCACGAGGUAAAGGGAUGGGGCAGUUGGCCUCGGAUUCGGAGGCUGAGCCAUAUGAUACAACUGCUCGAGUGUUGUUGUCGGGGCUUGGUGCAGAUGAAUUAUUUGGCGGAUAUGUCCGACAUGCAACCGCUUAUACACGAAGCGGAUAUGCGGGCCUUAUAGACGAAUUGAAACUGGAUGUGAGUCGACUGGGCAAGAGGAAUCUAGGACGAGACGAUAGGGUCAUGUCGCAUUGGAGCAGAGAAGUUCGAUUUCCAUUUUUGGAUGAAAGCCUUGUGAAAUGGGCGAUUGAGCUACCUGCAUGGAAGAAAUGCGACUUUGAUAACCAGGGCCCGGAUUGUGAUUAUGACCCUGAGAAAAGGGUGCUGCGUCUCUUGGCGGACAGACUGGGCAUGCGCUCUGUGGCUGCGGAGAAGAAACGAGCGAUUCAAUUUGGAGCGCGAACUGCUAAGAUGGAGAGUGGCAAAGUCAAGGGCACCACGCUGCUUCUCCCGUGA